CGUCCGUAUGCCGUAUCCGUACACGUCUCACUGUAUCUCGACGUGGGCUGAUUCCGGUCUGGAGCCGUACGGAGUCGAUCCGACCACCGGAGCCGUCGGCCCUAGCCAGGCGCGCUACACGCUCGCGGAGUGUAACAGGAUGUGCCUGCAGCACCACCUGGUGAAGAACUGCGGCUGCCACGACCCGCUGUACCCGCUGGAGUUCACUGUGGACGGUGAGCUGCAGGACGUGGGACCCGCCUGCGACCUCUCCUUCGGCACGGUGGACUCUGGAUGCUCGACAAACGUGACUGAGGCGCUGGCCCUGUCCAGAUCGGAGUACUGCACCUGCUCCAGCCCCUGCUAUGAAACAGUGUACGAGCCGCAGCCUUCGGUGGCCUCGUGGCCUCAGGGUGAAUACCUGGGCACCCUCCUCGAGAAGCUCGACUUUCUGCAGCACACGAACUUCACCACCGCAGAGAUCGCCGAGGCCUGGGGCAGCGAGUUCGUCAAGCUGAACGUCUACUUCCGUGACCUCAACAUCGCCUCAAUCACGGAGAGCGCCACGUACACGUACUCGACGUUCAUCAGCAGCCUGGGCGGCGCUCUCUCCCUCUACCUCGGUAUCGCUCUCAUCCUGCUGGUAGAGUUGGCGGAGCUGCUGGUUUUCCUGGCGUGGGACACGGCCCGCUUCAUGUGCGGCUACUACCCCCUCGACGGCCACUCUAGCAGCCAGGUGGUGCCCGCGGAGAAGCGAGCCGUGCGGGUUGUUUUCACAGCCCCGGAGAACAAGUCUGCAAACAAGCUACACACCAGCCAUCGAAUGAUGGAGACGCCUGCAACUCAAAUAGAAUAACUCUGACCAGGACUUUAUCCGAUCCAAUUAUAAGGCAAUCUAAUGCCUCGUAUUGGGCAGUACGGAUAAUUUUGGUGAAACGAAAAUAACUCGUAAGUUGAUGACA